AUGGGUCACGAGGAUGCUGUGUAUCUUGCCAAGCUGGCCGAGCAGGCUGAGCGCUACGAGGAGAUGGUCGAGAACAUGAAGAUUGUCGCCUCCGAGGACCGCGAUCUUACCGUCGAAGAGCGCAAUCUUCUUUCCGUCGCCUACAAGAACGUCAUCGGUGCCCGCCGUGCCUCCUGGAGAAUCGUUACCUCCAUUGAGCAGAAGGAGGAGUCCAAGGCCAGCUCGCCCCAGGUCGGCCUUAUCAAGGAGUACCGUCAGAAGAUCGAGGCGGAGCUGGCUAAGAUCUGCGACGACAUCCUCGAUGUUCUGGACAAGCACCUCAUCCCGUCUGCCAAGUCCGGCGAGUCCAAGGUAUUCUACCACAAGAUGAAGGGUGACUACCACCGCUACCUGGCCGAGUUCGCCAUUGGUGACCGACGAAAGGAGUCCGCCGACAAGUCUCUCGAGGCCUACAAGGCUGCCACCGAGGUUGCCCAGACUGAGCUGCCUCCCACGCACCCGAUCCGUCUCGGCCUCGCCCUCAACUUCUCCGUCUUCUACUACGAGAUCUUGAACGCUCCAGACCAGGCUUGCCAUCUUGCCAAGCAGGCUUUCGAUGAUGCUAUUGCUGAGCUUGACACCCUGAGCGAGGAGAGCUACAAGGACUCGACCCUCAUCAUGCAACUCCUCCGCGACAACUUGACUCUCUGGACUUCUUCUGAGGCUGAGCCUUCCGCGGAGUCAGGUGCUGCUGCUACUACGGAGGCAGACAAGACCGCCGAGGCACCCGCCGCCACCUCCGAGGAGCCCAAGGCUGCCGAGUAA